UUCAGUGAAGGGUUCCCUCUUCAGUGUGGGGUGCACCGCUCCCUCCGUCGGUCGGGAUAGAAUGGAUGCGUUUAAAAUGCCAAGUGCCUGGCAGGGGGACAUCGCAAAAAACUUAUCCAACAUAUUCUCCUCGAAUAAAUCUCCCGAGGAAGGAAGCCCAGCGAAAAACGCACACGGCAUUGACGGGACUUUAAACAAGGAAACCACAGAGAGCCCAACAGAUGGCAAAACUGCCAAUAUGCUAUUUUCUGACCUGGCAAAGGGUUUACAAACUCCUGUCGAUCAAGAGACAUCUUCAUCUCAAGAAAAACAAAAAGCUAAUGAAACUGUUGUAAACCCAGACAAUACAUCAAAUAAUAUGAAACAACCAGAUGAUGGAAUUCUACAGAAAUUGGGAAGUUUUUUCAGUUGGACACCCAAAUCAAACCCAAUAACCCUACCUCAAAGUAAAAAUGAGAGUAGAUCAGGUUUAAACACUGGUAAUCAAUAUAGAACUCACACACCUCAUCGGAAUAAUUAUUCAAAAGGGAAGCCUUUUCGUGAACAAACUACACAGAAUAUUAGCAAUGAUAGCAAAGAAAAUGAUAGGAAUACACUGGAGAGGAGCCAUCCUGAGAAUCCUUCCACAGGGCACAGAUUUGUUAAUUCACAACCAGAUGAUUUGAACAAAAUUGAGAUUGUUAUUCCUAAAGAAAAGACAAUUAAUUCAACCCCACAGGGACAAAGCAAGGAAAGUAGAAGAUCAGUGAAAAAACCUCAUGGCUCAUCUUGUUCCACAGAUCCCACAACAUAUCAAAAACUGCAGAAGUUCAAUGGAAGCAUGUUGGUGGAAGGAGACAUAGAUUCAAACAAGAAAGCUGUUGAUGACAAAACCCCAAGAAAACUGCAAACUGUAGCUGGCAAAUGCAAAGAAAAUAAUCGGCACCUUUCACAAAAUGGAACCGAUGAAUCAACUAGUUCUGAGGAUGGAAAAGAUGCCUUUCUUACACCAAUCGUCACUUAUUCAACGUACCAAGGAGCAAGGAGAAUGAGAAGAAGGAGGCCGCUGAAGAAAGUAUUUAGUCCACUAACUGCCACCAUCACCGAAGAAGAUGAAAAGAAUGCCACUUCAUCAGCUAAUCAACAAAUUAAAAGUUCAGUGGAAGAAGAAACUAAUCAAGAUAGUCCAACCAUGACUCAGGUCCAAAGGCCUUUAGAGGAAAAGUUACCAUCUAUCAAUCAUGACAGUGAGAAGAAUGAAGACCAAUACGGAAUCUGCACAGAGAGAUGUCCGUCAAUCAAAACUGAGUUAUUGACAGACUUGAAAACAGAAAGUGAAAUACCUGCACAGCAAUCUUCAUUCAUUGGCAUGAGCAGUGUAGUAGAACUGAAAGACCAACAAAAAGAAGAAACAGCAUCGCGAACAGACACAAUGGAGAGCACCACGAAGCAAGCAUUACAAUUGGAUACAUCUCCAUCAAAUGGAGCUGGCAAGAGUUUCAGAACUGAUUCAGGAGAACAUGGCACUCACACAGGCUCUGCAACCAUUGGUUCAAAGUUAAAAGAUGCAAUGAAGCAGACUGAAAGAACUGAAUAUGUGGGGGAAGAUCUAGCACAGGAAAUAGCAAACCAAGCCACUGCUCCAACAAAAAGUAUCUCGUUAACAGAGCCAGUGGACGUGGUCCAUAUGAACAAUGAGGUAGAUAUACCAAAGAUUUUGCUCAUUGACCGUGGUGAUAAAUGUGAUGUGCAAUUGAAAGAUGCUAGUGGAACUCAGACAAAUAAACGUACAAUGGUGUCAGGAAAAGAUAAUAUAACAGGAAUAUCUACCGGACUUUUUACAUCUAACACAGAAAAUACAAUUGAGAAACCAUCGAGGGAACACAAUCAAAUGGAAGGGAAAACAGAAGCUGACAUUAAACAUGUAAAUACCGAGCAAUUUUCCGACGAUGUGGAAAAGCUGAUGAAUAAGAAUUCAUCCAUUGCUGAAUUAAUGAAUGAAACCAAAAGUAACAAAAAUACUACUACCAAUAUUGAUGGUGUAUCAACAAAGACAUUUGAGAUACCAGGUGAAACUGUCUUUACGAUUACUUCAGAAAAGGCUUCAAGUGUAAUAAUGUCACCUGGAAUUAGAAGUUCUGAAGCCUUCUCAACAAAUGAACCACAAAAGACUACAGAUGGAAAUUGUAUACAGACAGAGAAAUCAUUCUACAUUCAAAACCCUGCUCAGUUGUUUAACAUUUCUUCUAAGAAAAAACACGACCUCACUUCGGAAUCAUUCCUCUCUGACCAGGCCCCUUUGACCGAACCCAAGGUUUCUAGAGGUGCGAAGCUUUCCUUACCUUGUGAGAGCAUCUUCUACAGGUACUAUCAAGAAUCAGCAAAUUUGUUAUUAGAUUCAGACAAUAGACAAUCACUUGCAAAUACUGAGAUCAUUGCAAAGUCACCUUUCAAAGAAAGUAAGUUUGUUGGGGAAAUGCAGAGCCAGAGAAAAGCACUUGAUUCUAUUAAAGCACAAAAUGAUAGCAAUGAAAAAGCCAAGGAAACAAGUUGCACGUCCAGCCCUGCAGCAAAUAAUCUGUGCUACAGAUAUUUGCAACAAAUUUCAAGCUUCUCAAACACUGGGAGAAACGUAGAGUCUGAAAUAGACAGUGAUACACAUCUGGAAAAUCCACUGGACAUUGAAAUUGUGCAUUCAACAAAACUAUUUGCUUCAGUAGCUAACUCAGCUGAUAAAGUAAUUCAAGACACCUCAGAGGAAUAUGCAUUGAAUGAUUCCAAAGUGCCAAGUGAAGAAAUGGCAAGGAGGACCAAAACCAGUGAAAGUGAGGACUCAGCUAAGCCAUUUUCAGUCAAACUAGAAGGUAAAGAGUCCACAUUAAAAGUCAGUGCUGAGGACAAAAAAGCCUCCAUACACUCGGAAGAAGAAUUAGAAAGCAAUGUGUACACAGUGGCUGUAUCCAGUGGUCAACCAGUAGAAACAAAUAGUGGUGACACUUUAAAAGAAAGUUCUAAAGAAACUGCAGGAAAGUUGAUAUUUUCAGCAGAACGAGAAACCCCAUGUAUACAACCAAUUACUACAGAUAGCAAAGAGAACAGUACUACUGAGGAUAGGGUGACAAAUCUAAUAACCUUCGUGAAUGUAAAGGACACUGUUGAAGAAGUUGAUUUCAAAGAUAGUUUUGCAGAGGACCAUCCUUUUGAAGAGAUACCCAAGAAAUUAGAGGAGAGAGUACAAGUUGAUGGUGAGAGAAGGGUUGAAUUAGUGAAGCCAGAGAGUCUAGAGAACUCUGGAAGUAACUUGACACACAGUACUGAACAAGAGGAUAAAAGUGUGUCUCUGAUAGCACAGGAUAAUGUUUUGGAGUAUGUUCCAUCAUUCCAGAAUGCUGCUAAGAAAGACAGCUCAGUGGUGUUUAAAUCACAGGAGACAGGGAUCAAUUCAUUACCCGUAUUGCCUAUGGGCAUUGGUCUUGCACCUGGACAUGCUGCUGAAAAUGUAACAAAUCAGGAGGCAAGUACAAGUCUUUUAAAACCUAACACAACUCCUGCAUCUGUGACUACGGAGUCAUUGCUUAAAGCAGAUGAGGAUAAAAUCGAUGCUGGUCAGAUACAAACACUGCCACCUUUAGAAAAAACAGAACUAAGAACUGAGGAAAGCAACACUGUGGUUGGGGCAGAAGAUUCCUGGCCAGAAACCACUUCUAAAAUGGCCUCUCAUAACACAGAAUCUGAGGGUCAAGAAUUAAGAGACGUAUCAGAGCAAUGCAGUAUUAUCGAUCCAGCACAGAGUACAGUUACACUGAGAUCUAAUUCUACAAAACUACCUCAAUCAAAUGAUGACCAGGGCAAUUCUGAUGCCAAUUUUACAAGCAAAUUCCCAAACUCUGAAGAAGAAGACAAUUCCCAAAUGUGUUCUGUCCAGUCAGAGAUGUGGAAAUCCAAACAGUCUGGUAACCAGGAAGAGUCCGUAGACCAAAACAUAAAACCCAAGAAAGAAAUAAAGACAGUUUCUGAAGUAAAGAGCAGGUCCAAAUAUCCGUUACUAAAUUUAAUCAAACCAAUGAGUGAAAUGAGAAAACCAAGGUUUCCAAAAGUGGCACUGACCAACAAGGAGACAAAAGCAAACUCCUACAUACUCGGUGCAGCCCAGCUGAGUUCGUCGAACUCUGGAGCAACUUUAAGUAGUGACUCAACCAUGCCAUCGGAAGCAAACUCAGCUGUGGAUUGGGAGUCCUCCCCUAAUGGAGCAACACCACAUACCAAGCACAGUAACAGUGAAGAGUGUUCCACAAUAGAAACAAGCUCAAGCUCACAUUUAGUACAAAUUGCUAGCUUAAAGGAUUCUAAAGAUGUUGAUUUAAAAGAAAACACAGAGGAUUUAAUUGCAAAUAAUAUGGGCAAAGAAAUACCCGCAGAAUUUGUGAAAUCAGUGCAAGUUGAAGUGCAGGAGAGAGAGGUGAUGCAGUCCGAGAUUCAAGAGCAGUCUGAUAAUAACACAAUGCUCAUUGCUGAAGGAGAGGAUAACGUGAAGUAUGAUCAGAUAAAAACACAGCAUCAGAUACAAGGAACAGAACCUGGAACUGAUCUGAGAAACAUUGUGGUUGGCGCCAAAGAUUCCUGGCCAGAAACAUCUUUAAAAACAACACAAUCAGACAAUGCAGACAUUGAUACUGUGUGUCAGGAAUUGAUAGGCAUUGUCUCAGAGCAAUGCAAUAUUAUUGAUCCAGCACUGAGUACUGCCAUAUUAAAAACUAAUUCUGCAAUAUCACUCUGUCUAAAUGAGUCUCAAGAAAAUCCAAUUGUUGGUGUUGAGACGAGUGAAAAACAUGCCAAAAAUGAAAAUGUUCCUGUCCAGUUAAGUUUAACGAAUCAGAGUCCGCUAAUUGACCAGGAAGUGUCCACAAACUUAAACACAAAGUCAGAAGGUGAAACAGUUUCCAGAAUAAAGACUAUCUCCAACUAUAUAGUACCAGAAUUGACCAAGCCAGUGACUGAAAAGGGAAACAGAACGGUACAGAAAAUGGCACUGAUCAGCAAAGAGAUAAAAGCAAGCAGUCAGAUACCGGAUGAAACCCAACUGCCUUCGCCAGAUUCUGGAGCAGUUUUGGAGACUGACUCAGCCAUUCCACCUGAUGCAGACUCAGCCGUGGAUCAUGUGCCUUUCCAUAAAGUGGUAACUCCACAUACCCAGCACAGUAAUACUGCUGCCAGUGAAGGAGAUACCACUGUUGAAACCAGUUCAGAUCUAAUAACAAUUACCAGAUUAAAUGAUGCUGCUGAAGAUGUUGAGUUACAAAUAGACACAACUAAUGUAAAUGUACAUAACAAUGCUAAAGGAAUACCUAAGGAAUUAGUGAGAACAAUGCAAGUUAGUGGUACACAAGAGAAAGAGGCAAUACAGUUAGAGAUACAACAGCAGUCGGAAAAUAGCAUAAUUUUCAUUGCUGAAGGAGAGGGUGAGGCCUCAUCGGUGAUAACACAGGGAAAUAUUUCUGAAUACAUUCCUGCAGUCCAUAGUGUUGAUGAGAAAGAUACCUCAACACCAUUGGAAUCACGUGAGAUAAGUUUCAUAUCCACGCCUGCGUUGCCUGUGGACAAUGUACAUGCAGCUAUGGAGCCUGAUCCAGACUUAAUAAAUCAUGAUCCAAAUGCUAGUCUCUUAGAUCCUACUACUUCAGCGAAUCUAUCUGAUGUCACAGUGUUGUUACUUAAAGCAGCUGAAGACAAAGUGAAUGAUGGUCAGGUACAAAUACAACAGUCUAUUGAAGGAGUUGACCUGAGAAAUGAGCUGAGAACCACUGAGGUUGGUGUAGAAGAUUCCCGGACAGAAAUAUCUUCAAAUAUAACAAAGAUGGCCAAUCAUUGCACAGAUUCUGUGGGCCAGGAACUGACAGGCAACAUUUCAGAACAAUGUGACAUCAUUGAUCCAGAACAAAGUAGUGCCAGAUCAAGAACUGAUUCAAAUUAUUCUCAAGAAAGUACAUUUGCUGAUUUUGAGGAAAAUAAGUCCAGACAGUUUGCUGAACAUUUUGAUUUCACAAACUUAGAAGAGGAAGAAGCAGAGAUAACUCCUGAAGUACAAGCAGACUUUGACCUUGAGGAUAUACAUUUAACCAAUAUAUAUGAUGGUGAUGUCGGGGAAUAUAUUGGAGAAUAUUCUGAUGAUGAGGAUGAAAUGGAACCUCAUGAUUCAGAACAGGAAGCAUUAAUUCUAGAUUCAUCAUUAAGCCGUAGCUUCAAAAGGAGGACAUUUUAUCCAUUUGCUUUACCACCAAUAUAUGAAGAACAGGAUUUGGAAAGUGACAGUGAGACAUCAACGACAACUUCAAAUAUUAUCCACUCUCCAACUUCAGAAGAACAGGAUAAUGGUUCUGAAUCUGUUGCAACAGUACUUGAAUCUGCAGCAACAUCAGUAAAUACAACGCAGAGAGAAAAUAAACUUCCAGAAGUUCAGGAAGAUCAAGAAAAUUCGACCAAGUCUCAUUCGAUUGGAGAAGUGAGCACAACAGUCUCCACUGAUCAUCUGGAAAAGGAAACAAAAAUUUCUCAAGACAGAAGCGAGGAACAAAAUUUGCCUGUACAAAUGCAGGCAGAAAUUUGUGUAGUUGAUUCCAAUACCUCCCCAAAACCAAUGCCAUCAUCAGAAGUAGGUAGUAUACUCUAUAAUUAUUUCCAGUUGACUAAAGAUACCUUAGAAAAGGUUACACCAGCAUCAUCAGAAAUGGCUGCUGAAGUACCCACUCAUUUGCAGCAGAAGCCUUUUGAAGAUGUACAUGCAUUGAAAUAUCCAUCAGAUUCAAAGUGUCCUGUUGAGAACAAAACCCUGAAAAUCAACCAAAGGCCAGGGAAGAUGGUUAUUUAUGAUCAAUUAAACUUUCAUGGAAACAAGCGUGAGAUCUUCACAGAUCAAUCUGAUACAACAAGCUGGAUUUUUUCCGAAGGACUCUCUUUAAAUGUUAUCAGAGGAUGUUGGAUAAUAUAUGAGAAGCCUGAAUUUCAAGGUCAAUUGCUUGUUUUAGAAGAGGGACCAAAGGAACUUAGUAAACUCUGGGAUAAUAAUUACAUUCACUUGGAUUCAACAUCAUCAAAAAUUAUGAUUGGUUCCAUUAAAAGGAUUAUGAAGAAUCACUGUAUUCCAGAGAUUGAAAUCAUCCAAGAACCUCAGCAACAGAAUGUCAAUAACACUUAUCUUUACAGUGAGGUAGCCUGCAUAAGGGAAUGUGGAAUUAUACCUACAAUGUCUUCUCUGAUUGUCAAUUCAGGAAUUUGGCUUGCCUAUAAUAAGACAAAUUUCUGUGGCCCUUACACCCUGCUAGAAGCUGGUAGCAAGCCAAUUCCAAUAUCAACUGAAGAAAAAUCCAAUGAUAUUAAGUCACUCCGGCCUCUGAAAAUGGGUGGACUAAAAGUGGAGCAGCCUAUGUCUCCUAGGAUUGUAAUAUUUGAAAAAGAAAUGUUCAAUGGGCAUUUUCAGGAAAUUUGUAAAGACAUACCAGAUUUAAAAAGUCUUUUGAAUGAAACUACAGACCAAAAUGUGGAUAAUUUUCGAGGAGCAGGCUCCAUACGUGUCAUUGGUGGACUAUGGGUCUGUUACGAAAAAAAAUAUUACCAAGGACAUCAGUACCUGCUGGAGGAAGGAGAGUAUGAGGACUGGCAGGCAUGGGGUGGAUUUGACAGUACAGUACAAUCACUGCGCUAUAUUUUAGCUGACUAUAUGAAGCCUGAAAUCACUUUAUUUGAAGAAGUAGACCUAAAGAAUGGCAAAAGCAUCGUUCUCAAUAGCGCAGUUCCAAACCUGGAAAGUAGCAGAUACACAACCGUAACUCGGUCAAUUAAAGUCAAUAGUGGAGUGUGGGUGGCCUAUCAUGAAGAACAUUAUUCUGGAGAGCAGUAUAUCCUAGAGAAAGGAGUGUAUAGAAACCACACAAGCUGGGGAGGAUCGGACAAGCCAAUUAAAUCUAUUCACCCGAUACAACUGGAACCUGUCGGAGGGAAUGAAGCACUAUUUCAGAUCUGGGCAUACAACGGAAUUGACUUUGAAGGAGAAAGCGCUGAAUUUGUAUCAGAGUUGCCCAGUUUACUAGCUUUACAACCAAAUUCAUUUAAGGUUCUUCAUGGAUGCUGGGUACUGUAUGAUGAGAAGGAUUAUGGUGGCUGUCAGUAUGUGUUAGAGGAAGGCCACUACCCAGACCUUGAUUCCCUAGGAUGCCUGUCGGGCAAGUCAAUCAGAUCUCUUAAACCCAUCAUAUCUGAUUUUUCCAUACCUUCUAUUGGUUUAUAUAGCCUUGAUUCAUUUGGAGGUCAGGAACUGAUUCUUACAGAAGGUGCCAGUGGCUUGCAGAAGAUGGGAUUUUAUCCAUAUCCGAACUCAGUAAAGGUGAACGGUGGAACAUGGAUAGUCUAUGAACAUGCCAACUUUAAAGGAAAGCAAUUGGUUUUACAAUGUUCUGAAAUAACCAACUGGAAUAAAUUCAGCGGAUGGAAAACAAUCGGAUCACUUCAUCCUCUAAAACAGCCUGCAGCGUACUUCAGAAUUAAAAAUAAGGCAACAAGGACAUUUGUGACGGUUUGUGGAGACUCAGCAGACCCAAGGUGCUCUAAGUUAUCUGUCUGUCCUUACAAUGGUAGAACUACACAAGUGUGGUCUUACUGCAAUGGACUUAUUAAAUCCAAGGUUAACCAUGCAUGCAUAGACAUCAUUGGUGGUCAAGCAAAAGCUGGAACAAAAAUAAAUCUUUGGACAGAGCAUGGGCGUAAUCAUCAGAAAUGGAGAAUCAACUGCAAUGGAACCAUUACUUCUUUUCUAGAUUUAAAUCUUCGACUUGAUAUUAAAGGUGGUAAUUUCAAUGACAAGGAUAGCAUCAUUUUAAACCUGGCAGAACAACAACAACACACACAGUUCUGGGACAUUGAAAUGCUGAGAUGAGGAAGACAACUUCUGAAAAGUAGAAACCUAAAACCAUUGCUUGGAUUCAGCUCUCAAAAUAAAUCCCCAAUGCAUUUUGGGCAAUUUAAAUCCAUAAGGUUGAGGUUAUUUCCAAUCCAAAUAAUCACAACUGAGAAGCACAAUUGUGUGACAAACAGACACAGCGUUUAAGAGAAAACAACAUACUUAACUGCUUAUUCUUCACUUAACUAGAACUGCUAAUUGAUAUACUAAUGAAAGUAUCACCACUCUCCACAAAGCAACUCAGUGUUAAGGGCAAAGGACACAGAUGUUUCCUUGAUGUUUCCUACGAUUUUCAAACUUAUUAUGCUGAAACCUAAUAGUAGAUUGCAACGCAAGCCUAUAUAAUCCAACUAGAAUCUACAAGACCCUGAAAUGAAACAACCACACUUGAAAAAGUAAGGCUUCAGUAUAAAAAACCCUACUGCUUUGAUAAAACACCAUGUAGUUUGGUAUUUAAUCUUUUAUAUAUUUUUUAAUGUAACUACAACUUCAAACUAUAAAGCUUAUCCUGGAUUGAAGUUCAUUUGUAUUAAUUUUUAAAUUAUUGCUAAUAACUAAGAAUUGUAUUUGUACAUGUAUAAUACUGUUUAAGAAAAAUGUGAUCAAUAUGUAGAUAAAUAUCUUAAUGCAAAUUAAAUUUUGAGGAAGUUUGCCUGCAGUUUCCUUGUAAUUAUAGAAUGAAUGAGAUGAUGGAAGAAUGGGAUUUCAGCUGUUCAUUAUUUUAAUUCAAAUUUGCCUCAAAUAUUUAUGUGGGUCCCAGAAAAAAACUACACAAAGAUGACUCAUUGACAUUGACAAUGUAAUUCAAUGUUAAAUUUUAGCUAAA